CUUUUUAUAUGUUGGCCUGAGGCAUGGAUCAUGCGUCUCAUAAUUGUUUGAUAGCGAGCUGGCUGGACUGUUACUUGGACGACCAACUCACUUUGUUUCAACGCAUUUUCUUGUGAACCGAUUUUCAGACUGAGACAGGAAGAGAUUUGUCUUGCUAAUAUUUCAUUUUAUUUUUCGGCCAUGCGAAGCUUUUGAUUUAAGUUGUGCGUGUGUUCCGAGAUAAGACAUAUGAAUAACGGUUCUGUCUAAAAAUAAGCAUCUAGGCAUCAAAAAUUUAGAGCCACUCUCUGCAACCCUAAAACCAAAGCAGGUUCCAAGCCGGUUCUGUUGCCGAUAGGCCCCCCCAAAAAUGGCCGACGACGAGGCAUCUGAAUUCUCUCCAGAAUAUGAGGCGCUAGUUGGGCUCCUUAACACGAGAUUAUCAACGGGUCCAUUAGACAUCCAAAUCCUCCCCGAUGCGAGUUUUCUGUUAUCUUCGGGCCGCCUCGCCGAGAUCGUAAAUAACACGCUCGGUGUCCCGAAAGAUGUUCUCGCAAAGGCGUUCAUCGCGGCGCGGCGGAUCUUUUUCGAGCACCUGGACAACCUGGCUGAGAAGGCGGAACUCAUCCUUGAUUCCACUUCUGUCAUCUUGCUCUUCGACCCUGAGCAUGUCACCGCAGUUAAUGCAAGGAAGAGGAUCUGUCUAGGUCUAGCCUACCGCGCGCGCUCUCAACCCGAGCAAACCAAAAGGUUAAAGGAGGAGCUCUGGUUCAGCAAGUUCCUCGUCACCUCAAAACUAAAGCGUCACAACAAGUCUCCCACGCUCUGGUCGCACCGGAGAUGGCUGAUCAAGAACUUACACACGCUGUCGGGACUACUGGGCCCGAAAUGGGUGGAAUUCGAGAUUGAAGAAGUGAUUCUUAUUUCGGCUGAGCACCACCCUAAGAACUACUACGCGUGGGAUUACAUGCGCUGGUUGAUCGCAUCCCGGCCCGGGCUGGAUCCGAAGACGCGGGCUGGGUUGAACAGGCCGCUGGCGCGGAUGAUGCAGAGGUGGUGCAUGCAUCACACCAGCGACUCGUCCGGGUGGUCGUUCCUGGCGUGGAUGAUUCUGCGGCAGCCCGACGCGGACCGGCGCGUCAGUGAGCAGAUGCAGGCCACUGCUGGGGCGGAGGUGUUGGACUAUGCGGUGUUGUUGGGAUUGAAGAACUUGUCGUUGUGGAAGUUUUUGCAGGAGAUUUUGGGGUUUGCGAGGGGUGAGGAGGUGGAGGGGGUGAGGUUUCAGUAUUUGUUGAGUUUGGGCGAUUUGAAGGGGGGGGAGCCGAGGGGGGAGGCGUUGCAGGUGUUUGCGGAGAAGAGUUUGAUGGCUAUUGGCGAGUAUGAAAAAUCCUGCAGAGUAUGAUUGAGGUAGUCAGUUGUCAGCUUUAAUGGCCGUCUAUGAAGUUAUAUGAAGAUCCACCAGACUACUAUUGAGGAUGUUAGUUGUUAGUUUAAACGACCGUUCAUGAAGCUAUAUGAAGAAACCAAGCCCUCUCGGCAAAUUCUCUAUUUAACUCGACUUAAUUCCUUCCAUCACCAAUAUUAACCAUGCUCUCCAGAACAGCAAAACCAUGAAAACAUGAAACACAUGCAACUACUCGUAUCACGUUCUCCUACCCAUGUCUUGUUGCAAAGCAUCCGAAUCUCAAAAUAGGAAUGGGCAGUGGAUGGCAGUGGAACGGGCAGUGGAUGGCAGUGGAAUGGGCAUGGAAUGG